AUGUCUGCUGCGAAUUCUACCAAAAUUUUUAUUGGUAGCAUCCCCAAGGAUGUUACAGAGGAGGAGUUAAAAGCGGAGGCAUCCAAACAUGGUGUGAUCACCCAAGUGUACUACGUGCCGGCCACGGCCCAAAGCCCCCGAGGGUGGGCAUUCAUUACAUACAAGCAGAGGUCGGAAGCUUAUAAAGCCAUCGAAGCUUUGGACUAUAAGUGUAUAUUUCCUAACAGCCAGCGACCACUGGAUGUAAGAUUCGCUAGCUACAAACAUAACACCACUACCACUACCACCACCACCGAAACACAACCGGCGCCAAAUAAAAACGUUUGGCAGAAGCACGUAACGUCAGAUGGACACCCAUAUUACUACAAUUCUGUAACUGGCCAUUCCCAGUGGGAAAAACCCAAGGAAUCAGUUACUACGCCCGCCUCAGUCAUUCAAGGAAAGACUAACACCGUUGCGCCGUAUGGUCCUCCAGGCGCCAAUGUGUUCGUUUUCCACGUGCCCUCACAUUGGACGGAUAUGGAGUUGUACCAGCACUUCCAACACUUCGGAUACGUACUGAGCGCACGAAUUCAAAGGGACUCCAGUGGAAGAAACAAGGGCUACGGGUUCGUCAGUUUUAACAACCCAGAGUCAGCUAUGAAUGCAAUCAAAGGAAUGCAUGGAUUUUACGUCUCGGGGAAGCACCUAAAAGUGCAGUUAAAAAAGGGAGAGGAACACUAUAUGCAGUUAAAUGCCCCUGUGCAGCCGCAACUGGCCGCCACACAACCCUACACAGUGCAACAACCAAUCAUGGGGAACCCCCAACAGCCUUACAUGGCCCAUAUGAUGUAUGGUAGUAUGGAUUCUACCAACCAGAUGCGCUACAACAACACGUAUUCAUUGAGUAGGUAG